AUGACAUUUACACAGAGGUGGAGAGGGAGGGGCUUGGCAGUGUUUAAGCUGUUAUUGGUGGCCUCCGUUUCUGUUAUUUCAAUUGAGGAGACGAUCUGUAGACUGAGAGGGGAUCCUGAGAUUCCAUUGCUAUCUAAGAAUGAAGACAUUAUGAUUGGGGGAAUCAUAUCUUUCCAUUUACAGUGGAAAAAUAGACAAGAUACUUACAUGUACAAACCAUUGCCCCUGCAAUGCAUCAGUUUGAAUUUCAGAGGUUUCCAGUAUGCCCAGGUUAUACUCUUUGCCAUUGAUGAGAUUAACAACAGCACAGAUUUACUGCCUGGAAUCUCUUUGGGAUAUAAGAUCUAUGAUGCCUGUGCCUCCAUUGCGAAAGGUGUAAGGGUUGCAUUGGCCUUGGCUAAUGGUAAUGAUGUGGCAUUCAUACCCUCUGAGGCACCAUGUACCAGACCUGCCCAGGUGCAGGCCAUUAUGGGAGAGACUUUUUCCUCUCCUUGCAUGGCCAUAUCUACAGCUAUCGGACCAUUUAAUAUCCCACUGAUCAGCCACUUUGCUACCUGUGCUUGUCUCAGUGAAAAAAGCAAGUACCCAUCAUUUCUUAGAACAAUACCCAGUGACUACUACCAGAGCAGAGCCCUGGCCCAGUUGGUCAAGUACUUUGGUUGGACUUGGAUUGGAGCUAUUAGAACAAAUGAUGAUUAUGGUAAUCAUGGCAUGGCCACAUUCACAGAAACUGCCCAGCAGCUGGGUAUCUGUCUGGAGUACUCUGUGGCCUUCUACAGAACAGAUCCGCCAGACAAAAUACAAAAGAUAAUUGACAUUAUCAAAGCUUCCACUUCCAAGGUGAUUAUCACUUUCCUCUCCCCCACGGAGUUGUAUGUGUUAAUGCAUGAGUUCUUUUACCACAAUUUGACUGGGUACCAGUGGGUAGGCACUGAGGCCUGGAUCUUUGAUUCUGAAACUGCCGCAAGGGACAGCCAUCACAUUCUGGAUGGUGCCAUUGGUCUGUCCAUCCCCAAAGCGCAUAUCAGUGGCAUGAGAGAGUUCAUGUUGGAUGUGAAGCCGCUCAAUUCAUCUAGUAAUGAAUUGUUUACAGAGUUUUGGGAGACAUUGUUUAGCUGUAAGUUCACGAAGUCAAAGUCAUUAGCAGAGAAUCAAACGGAAUGUACUGGACAUGAAGAUGUGACUGAAGUUCAAAACAGCUUCACUGAUAUGUCACUCAUGCCGAUCUUCUACAAUGUUUAUAAAGGAGUGUAUGCUGUGGCCCAUGCACUUCAUAAUAUUCUGAGUUGUAAUAAAACAUGUAACAACCAGGUGCAGCUAGAUCCAUUUACGAUUUUACAGCACAUAAGAAAGAUUCGGUUCACAACAAAGGAAGGCGAUGAGGUUUACUUUGAUGAGAAUGGAGAUCCAGCAGCAAAGUAUGAAAUUGUAAACUGGCAGCCAGCAAAAAAUGGCAUUGUGGAUUUUGUUGCAGUUGGUCGUUAUGAUGCAUCUUUACCUGCAGACAAACAGCUGAAACUGCAUAAUAAAUCUUUAUUUUGGGCCAUGAACUCACAAGAGGUGCCUUUGUCAGUUUGCAGUGAGAAAUGUCCUCCAGGAACUCGCAAGGUCCUGCAGAAAGGAAAACCUGUCUGCUGCUAUGACUGUUUGAGAUGUGCAGAGGGAGAAAUAAGCAACAUUACAGAUUCCAUCACCUGUGUGCGAUGCCAUCCUGAGUUCUGGUCAAAUGAGAAAAGAGAUGCCUGUGUAAAGAAGGAGGCAGAGUUUCUCUCAUAUGAGGAGAUUAUGGGAGCACUGCUCACUGCAGCUUCUCUCUUUGGAACAUGCAUGACUGCUGUUGUGGCGUUCAUUUUCUUCAGAUACAGACAGACUCCUGUUGUCAGAGCCAACAACUCUGAGCUGAGCUUCCUGCUGCUCUUCUCUUUGACUCUGUGUUUCCUGUGUUCUCUGACCUUCAUCGGCCGGCCCUCUGAGUGGUCCUGCAUGCUGCGACACACAGCAUUCGGCAUCACCUUUGUCCUCUGUAUCUCUUGUGUUCUGGGGAAAACAAUAGUGGUGUUAAUGGCCUUCAGGGCCACACUCCCAGGUAGUGAUAUGAUGAAAUGGUUUGGGCCUGCACAGCAGAAACUCAGUGUUCUGGGUUUCACUCUUAUACAAGUUAUCAUAUGUAUCCUCUGGUUAUCAAUUUCUCCUCCUUUUCCAUUUCAGAAUUUUAAGAAGUUUAAGAACAAAAUCAUCUUAGAGUGUGCUCUGGGCUCAGCUGUAGGGUUUUGGGCUGUACUUGGUUAUAUAGGACUUCUCGCUGUGUUGUGUUUUAGUCUUGCUUUUCUGGCUCGGAAACUGCCUGAUAAUUUCAAUGAAGCCAAACUGAUCACAUUUAGCAUACUGAUAUUCUGUGCAGUAUGGAUCACUUUUAUCCCAGCAUAUGUCAGCUCGCCUGGGAAGUUCAGUGUAGCUGUGGAGAUAUUUGCUAUUCUGGCUUCAAGUUUUGGACUGCUCAUUUGUAUUUUUAUUCCAAAAUGUUAUAUUAUCUUACUGAAACCAGAGAAGAAUACAAAAAAGCACAUGAUGGGGAAGGGGGCACCAAAAUCAUUGUGA